CGCAACUUUCUUGAAGUACCAAACUCACAAAGCUACGGUAAGACUGUAUGUCGUAAUACUUCAAAGAAGGAGCAGAAGAGUAGGCUGCACUGAGGCAUUAUGAAGAUUUGGCAACUACCCUCAGUUCUUCUUCUUCUUAUAUCUAGUGUCAUUUCUCAUCCUCAUAACCUAUUUGAGUAUAAUGAGCUAAGUGAGUAUGUUGACAGCCAUCAAGAGGAAUACGUGCAGACUCUGAGGGACUGGGUUGCAGUAGAGUCUGACUCCAGUGAUGUCUUGAAGAGGCCAGACUGCCAUCGCAUGAUGGACAUGACAGCUGAGAAAUUACGGGCCAUGGGAGGGAAGGUGGAACUAGUGGACAUUGGCGUACAAGAGCUACCUAAUGGCCAGACAGUGGACUUGCCUAAGGUGGUAACAGCCCAGUUUGGCAGUGACCCAAGUAAGCAGACAGUCUGUGUAUAUGGACAUGUGGAUGUCCAGCCUGCUAAGUUAGAGGAUGGCUGGGCCACUGACCCUUACAACCUCACUGACAUUGACGGAAACCUCUAUGGCAGAGGGGCAUCUGACAACAAGGCCCCAGUCUUAGCCUGGAUCCAUACAGUGGAAGCCUACCAGGCCCUCAAAAUUGACUUGCCAGUCAAUGUAAAGUUCAUAAUAGAGGGAAUGGAGGAGACUGGGUCCAACGGCCUGGACGCCAUGAUCAUGGCUCAGAGAGACUCGUUCCUCUCUGACGUGGAUUAUAUACUAAUCUCGGACUGUGGUUGGCUGAGCCGACGCCCUGCCCUCACCUAUGGUACCAGAGGGAACUGUUACUUUUUUGCUGAGGUAGAGGGCCCCAAACAGGACUUGCACUCUGGUGUAUAUGGAGGCACGGUUAUAGAACCCAUGACAGAUCUAAUUGGCAUAUUGGACACACUGAUAAGCCCCAGUGGAAAGAUCCUCAUCCCAGGCAUUAGAGAAGCUGUGGCCCCCCUCUCAGACGAGGAGUGGAAGAUGUACCAGGACAUUGAGUUUGACAUUGAGAGCUACAAGUCUAAAAUCGGUGUUAGUCAGCUCAUGUACAACAACAAGGUAGAUCUGCUUGCUCAUCGCUGGCGCUACCCAACUGUUACCGUCCAUGGCAUCGAAGGGGCCUUCUCUGCCCCUGGCACCAAAACAGUAAUUCCUGCUAAGGUCAUUGCCAAGUUCUCCAUACGACAGGUCCCCAAUAUGGACCCAGCAGUAGUCAAGAAACAGGUCACCGACUACCUAAACUCUGUGUUUGCCAAGAGGAAGAGCCCCAACAAGUUGAAGGUGACAAUGGUAAUCGGGGCUAAGCCCUGGUUGGCCGACACCAAGCAUCCCCUGUACGAGGCAGGGAAGGCAGCUGUGAAAAGAGUAUUUAAUGUGGAGCCAGACUUGAUCCGUGAGGGGGGAACCAUCCCCAUCGCCAAGACAUUUGAAGAUGUGACCGGGAAGAGCAUCAUUAUGCUGCCGAUUGGAGGCUUUGAUGACGGGCUCCACUCCCAGAAUGAGAAGAUGAGCAGGUACAACUACAUAGAAGGGACCAAAUUGUUCAUUGCCUACCUCCAUGAAGUGGCCCAUCUCAAGAAAAAUUGAGAGCACCUUUUUCAACAUCAUUACAAGGGUUGUUAAAUAAUUAAAGACAAUGUUAAAUAGUUUUGAGAUCAGUGGAGUCAGACGUGUUUCACCUUGUUCUUGAUAUUCAUUUGUCAUUUUUAUUCAAAGAUCAGCUGUGGCAUCAAAUAGUCGUAAACAUUUUUUCUUUAGUAUGGGAGGCAUAGGGAAUCAAGGGGGUAGGCAAUGAGCGGGGCUUGGUUUUAACUUUUUAGUUAUUUUUGCAAUAAAGUAAAGACUGGGCAUUUGAACCUAAGACAAUAAAAGUAUUUUUUAAAUGAAAUAAAAUAUGAAACUACAAAUUCAA